AUGCAUGAUACAAACAGGCUCGCCUAUGAAGCAGAAUCAGUUUGUGUUGUGAAAAAUGUGAUGGAUAAUGUUCUUAGUGAACUACACAGACGAGAAAAAACAGAGCUGAAUGCUUUUGUAAGGAAAUUAAUCAAGGAUCUGGAGAUAAAGAAGAAAGAAAUGGUUGGGGUUUUUGGUAAAACCGGAGCUGGAAAGACCUCUUUGAUAAAUGCUGUCAUUAAUGAGAAGAAUCUUUUGCCCUGUGGAGAUGUCACUGCAUGUACCUCAGUCAUGAUUAAAGUGGAAGCUAACACCAGCAACGAAAACUAUGAAGCACAUAUUGAAUUUAUCACAACAGAGGAGUGGGAAGAGGAGUUGUGGUCAAUAAGACAGUAUCAAAGGGACUCUUCAGAACAAAACAGAGAUGAUGAUGAUGUUGAUGAUGAUGAUGAUUAUCAGGAUGUUGCUGCAAAGCUAUCAGCAGUCUAUGGAGACGUAUGGAAGCAGAAAUCUUCUGAACAAUUAAUGGGAAGCAAAUACUUCACAAAAAUACCAGAGUUUCUUGAAUCCAGAGAGAAGAUAAUGUCUUAUAAAACAGCAAAAGAAUUAUCUGCUAAAAUGAGAAAAUACACAAGAACUGAAUUUAAACAAUGUGGGGAUAACAGAAUGAAGAAGUGCUAUUGGCCACUUGUGAAGUGUGUGACUGUCAAAGUGCCAAAUAACAGUUUUCUCCACAACAUCACUCUCGUGGACCUUCCUGGAAAUGGAGACCGUAACAAGAGCAGAGAUACAAUGUGGAAAGGGAUUGUUGGAAGCUGCUCUACUGUAUGGAUUGUGACAGAAGUCAACCGAGCAGCAGCAGAUAAAGAAUCCUGGGAUAUCCUGAAAAGUGUCAGUAGUCUCAUUGGAAAUGGUGGGGAGUGCAGAAAAAUUCACAUUAUUUGCACAAAGUCUGAUAUUAUUGACGGUUCAACUGAUCACUCACCUGAUGUUCAAGACUUAAUCCUCCAAAGAAACAUGAAAACAAAAGAAGCAGUGAGGAAAGAAUUCAACAAGCUAAGCAAGAUUAAGAAACACUUCACUGAUGAGUCUUUCCAAGUGUUCACAGUGAGCUCCAAGGAGUUUCUAAAAGAGAGUGUUCUAAGUCAAAAAAAUACUGAAAUCCCUCAACUUCAGGAUUUUUUGCAGGAGCUCAAUGACGAUCACUCAGAAACAUUGAGUUAUAUAUCUAGAGCUCAUGGGAUUCUCUCUUUGAUUCAAGGAGCCAGCUUGAAAAAACAGCUUGGACAAAACAUAGAUGUAUGUGAAGAGCUUAAGAGAAACUUAGUCCUUCAUCUUUGUUUAGUCCAAAAAGAGAUGGAAAAAGCCUACUGGGUUUUUGAACAAAACCUGCAAAAAGGGGUUGAAAACUCCAAAAGGUCAUGUGAAAAAAAGCUGAAUCAGGUUUUAUUUCCUCGGGGAAAGAGUGGUUGUACCUAUCACAGAACAUUAAAAAGUGUUGUCAAAAAAGGUGGAAUCCACAAACCAAAAACUGGAAAAGAAAUAAACCUCAACAUGAAACUUUCAUCAUUCCUGACUGACAGCAUUGAUGAGGAAUUCAGGAAGACAUUCCCAAAGGAACAACAAAUUGGUCCAUUUAAUGGUGUCAUUAACAACUUUUCACUCAACACUGAAAAGCUGAAGUACAAAGAUGUACAAUUGCAGCUGAUAUUCCUUGGGACAGAGGAAGAGAAAGUUAAGAAAACACUGAACAGAAUGAUUCAAGACCAGAAGAAAAUAAUCUACCUCAGCCUGACACAUACAAUUGAGCAAAAAAUGCAAGAGUGCUACAAGACUGCAGCAGGAUACUCGGGUACCGGUAUGCUAGAGAAAAUGAGAGAAACCCUAAAAAAGCAUGUUAAUGGAUUAAAAAACACAAUGUUUGAGGAUGCUAAAAAUGCGAUGUUGGAUCAUCUCCUGAGCUUAAGGGUUUGUCCAUCUAUUGAUUUUGAAAUAUUAUGUAACACAAUCAAAUUAAAUUUGAACUUUACAAACAUAUCAGAAUCAAAACCAUCAACAAUUAAACGUCUGGCAGAGUCCCCCGUUGGAAGGAGCUUUAACUCCCAUCUCCGGCAGAGCUUUGAACACAUUCAGAGGGAGGUGGGGGACAUUGAGUCUGAGUGGACCAUGUUCCGUGCCUCUAUUGUUGAGGCAGCUAGUCGAAGCUGUGGCUGCAAGGUUGUCGGUGCAUGUCGCGGCAGCAACCCUCGAACACGAGGGUGUGGACACGAGCGGUGA